AUGAAUGUGGUAUGAAACUUCGUAACAACAAUGUUUUUACCAUUGCGAAACGCAACGUUGACGGUCAAGAUAUGCUAUAUCAAUCAAUGAAGCUAGCAAAUAGUAUUUGGGUUUUGGCUGAAUUGAAGAUCCAACCGAGCAACCCUGUUUACACCAUGGGCUUAGAAUGCGAAUUUUCCUCAUUUGGGGAAAAUGGUUAA